AUGACCGAGGCCACUGGCAGAGUGUUCAUACCGGAGUCUAAUGACGUUAUUUUGAUGACAGACGACAACGUCACAGCGUGCUCUUGGCUGGUGACGGGUCCUGCCGACUCGGUCAUAGAGUUCGAUCUGGAGACGGUCUCCCUCCCAGGUAAUGCCAGCCAGCUGGUGUUCGGGGUCGGUGAUGAGCCGGGUAAUUCCAGCACGAAAUACGGCACGGUUCGCCCUGAUCACCGACAACCUCUCCCCAAGGUUGUCGUGCCGCACAGUACGGCCUGGAUUCAGCUCCAGGGAGUUUUCGACGCGGCCAAUAUCACGGUCGUCUUCACCUACAAAAUCGUACCCCGAGUGGUAUGCGAGACGCCGGUUUUGCAAACAGCCCUGACCGGAGAACUGACAUCGAUAAACUACCCUGGAGAAUACCCAAUAAACGGAGAGUGCACCUGGAAGUUCGACAUACCGGAAGGAUAUCUGAUUCAACUGAUCUUUCACGAUUUCGAUCUGCAAGACGACAGCGACUUUCUUCUCAUUGGAGACGGCACACAAGUCCUUCAAGGCGUGUUCACCCCGUAUACUGGUCGCUUGCAGACUUCCCCCUACAUCGUUACAUUCGGUUACCGUCACGUCUGGCUGCUGUUUAUAUCCAACCACCUGCGCGAUGACGGCGGCCAUAAGGGCUUCAAUGUCACCUAUGCGAUUUUACCUAAACACACGGAGAAUGACCUUCCUCCAAUCCAGACGAUAGCUAUCCCCAAACCUACCGGUCAACCCUGGCUAGAGAAGAUACAAUUGACCAUAUCCGGCCUGAGCGAAGACGAGAUAGAAGGUGACAUUGAGCUGUUUAAGGCGACCAUAGCCGGUUUCGUCAGGGUUUACUGUAAGCACGCCAAGUCCGCCUGUGGCACGCAGUCCAAACACAUCAGCUCGGACGACGUUAAGAUAUCGGAGGUAAAGGACGGCAGCAGGAGUGUGGAGGUUGAACUCGCUUUGGGCCCUGAUUUCCCGGCGAACAUGGCCGCAAUGUCAUCGUUACAUCUCGACGAACUGACGGAUGCUGAAACUUUGAGUCAAGACUCCGAUCCCGUCAAACCGAUGCAUUCAACGUCAGACGGGUCCACUGAAGGGAUUCCCCUUCCCAAAUGGCUCAUUGGUGUCAUUGCAGUCGUUGCCUUCUUAGUUGUCGUCUUUUUCGUUUUAAUCGUCUACUCGUUAUUGAAGGAUCGAAAAAGGUCGGAAAAAGCUCAAGAAGAUGGCCGAUCCGAAUCUCCGUCCGACGACACAGAGACUGGCAAAGAUGGUCAAAGCGCGGGAAACUCCAACGCUAAAGGAGCCUCCCAAGACAAAGUAGAAACAGUAACAGAAAUUGCAACAUCAGCUGCCAUUCCGAAUGGCACCACCCCAACGGUUUCCAAGAAAAGCCCUCAAAACGACGCCAAAAAAACAGAAACCAGCGAAAAAGUGGUCGAUGAAACACAGCAGCGAGCGGAUCCCGAAGGAAAGUCAGACGUUCACGUGAUUGAACCGCUUCAGAGUGCGCCUGCUCAAACGGAGCCGGAAAUGAAUCCCAGUCCCUCAACAUCCACUUCCCAUCCAGAUCAAGCAACCAGUAAGGCUGCCUGUCCUGAAAACAACCCCGAUGCCUCAACUGAGAACAAUACCGAGGCUAAGAAUCAAGAAGGCGAAGACAGUGCCACGACGGACUCUGCGGAUGACGUCACCACGCCAGAACAUGACCUGAGCACAGAUUUGUGAAGACAGUACAUUUGGGACCUUGUAGCCUAUAUGCCGGAUACUCUACAUAAUUGUACAAAGCUCACACUAUUUGUACAUAGGAGCGUACCCAUGCGUGACACAGAUCAGUGUAUCACAAGAAUCGUCGAAACGC